AUGUCACCCAGGCAAGCAAAGCAAGAAAAGAACAACUACCCUGAAUAUAUCCAUCGCAAAAUGUUUGAUAAUAUGUUCAUUAAUCUGACAUUGGAAAAAAUUGGUGAGUUCCAUCGUGUCAGUAAAGCUUGGGAGCAAAUGACGAAAAGACAAGAAUUUGUUCUUAAAAAACGUGAGAUGAGCUACCCUGCAACUGAAAACAACAUCCUUGUUUUCACUCAAACAAGCCAAGAAGGUCACCUGUUGCAAGACAAGCUAAUCGCCACCAACAUAAAAGUGCAAAUGGAUAACCCAUGCAACCACAUACGAUUGCAAGAAGAGAUGUCGAUGGGUGACGACGACAUCCAUAAAAUCAUGUCUGUCACCACAGAUUUGGUCUGUCUGCAAACCAGGUCUCAAAUCAAAUUCUUGAACCCAAAGACAACACAACUUGCAUCAAUUGAAUGGCCAUAUGACGUCCCUCUCAGCAAUUGGGUACGUAUCAUCCUCAAAAACUUACGUUUUCAUGGUCCUUAUUGCCGAUGGAAAAAAAACAUGCAAGGCUGCAUUUUUUCCUUUCAAAGUUGUUCAAGUAUUCAUAGAGGGGAAUGGAAAACACUUUGCAAUGUAUAUCCUCGCCUUGUAUUUGAUGGAAUCUGGUUUGAUAGAUUCGUGUAUUGGCGUGUAGACAAACUAUCCUCUGAAAUAGCAACACCUCAAGAGUUGCUGGUCGUGUUUGACUAUCACACUCAACAAUUCCAAACCAUAAACUGCCCUCCAUCUCCAAUCUUCUUUAACCCCACUGAUCCUUAUCAUAUGAAUCUCCAAGUGAAAAUAAUGGACUUCCAGGGGACUGUGUGUGUAAUAGAUGAGUACCACAUCACUCAGAAUCAUCGCUGUUAG